UUUGAAUUUUUCAUGUCAGAUACACACACAUAGGGUUUCAUCUCUCUCUCUCUCUCAAUUUCCCCAAAACUUUUCAAAAUCCCUUCAAAUUCCGAAAAUGGAACCUCCGAUUUGUAAACCCAAGCUUCAGAGUCACCUCGAAUUUCUGAAACCGCUUCUCGAUGACUCGAUUAAGCAGCUCUUGUUACAGUACCGAAGCGGACGAACCAAUUUCUCCGAUUUCGACUCCAUCUUCACUCGUAUCCUUCACGAUCUUCCUGGACAGCCACCUCUCGAACUCGUCUGGUUCUAUUCCGCCGUCAGAUUCUACUCUUCCAAAUUAGCUUUCGGGGACGAUUCCGUUAGGUUAACUUCGAGCUUCUUCCAGCUGCUUGUUUCUUUCUCCGAUUCGUUUUCCGGCGUGAAGAAGGUAGCUCUGUUAUCUCCUGUUGUUUAUCAGCUGAGUCGUUUGGUUGUUACUAGGAGGAGAGACGCUUUGAGUUUGUUAGAUGGGAUUGUGAGUUAUAUUAGCAUGCACUGUGUUGAUGAACCAGGAGGUGAAGAAGAUAGUGAUGUUUUGAUGGUCUCUGGGUUUAGUUUUGCUGAUUUGAGUAGAGUUUGGGUUGUGGAUGAAGUUGAAGAGAAUUGUAGAGUUGAUGAUUGUUUGGAGGUCUUCAUGCCAUUUGUUAGUGAAAGAUUGCGUAAAGAGAUUGAUUCUGAGUCCUGUCGCGUUGGUUACUUAGCUGGAAUCGUAGCUUCACAAGUUCUAUUGCUCAGUUCAUGCUUGAGAUUUGAUUCGGAAUCAAGCAGAUCCGAACUAGAAACAGAUCUGCGGGAGUCUGUGCUUCAGCUGAUUUCUGGAUUCCAGAGUUGCUACUUUUUUGAUGUCAUUCUCAAGAUGCUGUUGCUGGAGCCAUAUCUGCAUUUAACCUCACUUCUGGGUCUGGAAGAUGAAGCUCUUUUAACGGAUAUCAUAACAGAUGCUUUGAUUAAAUCAGCAGAUAAGCUAUUCCUCAACCCUGGAAGUGGAACUUCACAAAGAAGUUUACACUUGAAGAACAUUGCUAUUAACUGGUUGUUUCUUUUUGACAAGGCUCUAAGGAGAAAUAAAGAUCAAGAAAAAACCAUCAGCUACAUGAGCACCUUCUCCAAUUCACAUAUUCCUCACCACUUGAUCAAUUGGGUAAUCAGUCAAGGUGAAGUGAUUAGAGAUGCAGACGCAUUGAGAAACUUGACUCCCGCAUCCUUCAUCGGUAAAACUUUUCCUUUAUUACUAAUCAAUAAUGUGUUUGUUUUCCUGAGUGAUUUGUUCCACAGAACAUUUCCAUCUGUUCUCUGA